CAGUUCCUGAUCGCCACUUUCUGUGAUCCCUUGACCUUGCAUUCCACUCUGCGAAGGCUGCAUUAUCAUGUCUGGCAGUACAAAGCAAGAAGUUACCCAAGAGGAAGGGAAGUUUUGCCUGUGUGUGAGUAGCAAGAGCUGGAAUUGCUACCAAGCUGCAAGUUUCUCUGGAGAGGUAGGAGUUCUGGUCUCAUAGUACUCGCUGCCCUGGGAGGUACAGGCAGGAGCGUGCAUCCCUUUGAGCAUUCAGCUGCAUGGCUUAACAGAAAGCAAGGGGGACAAAGGGUUUUGUUAUUUCUCCAACACUGAGGGUUUGUUCAGAUUUGCUUGGAAAGCAGGAGCACUAAGUCAGCAAACAGCAUGGCCUUAGCACUCCCACAUGAGUGCUGAGAGGUGGGGUUUCUCCUCUAUUGUCUCUGCCCUGGGCAAGAGAACAACUGGUACAAGGCACUUUGAGAGCAGCUUCACCAUCUGGGAGGGAAGCAGUUCCCCGCAGGAGCAGGGCUUCUGAAGGGGCCGGCUGAGGGAUUCAGUGAAGGUUUAUUCUGUGCUGAGAUGUGCAGCUGCUGCAAGGAGAUCAGUUUUGCUGCCUGUGAAGAGAAAAAACAAGCAAGCUGCCACUAUUACAACAAACAAACAAACUCUCACAAAAACCAGCGACUGUGGAGGUGUAAAUCUCUUCAUGACCAACACUGACAUCCUGUCAUUGAACAUUUUGGAGAGGCAGCUAAGAUUUCAGCUGGGGAAACGCCGGGCCACAGCAUCAAGAGACAACACCUGCGCCCCCCUGGCCUUCCACAGUAAUUGCUUUGCACCAUGGGAAAUGGCAUGAACAAGGUUCUCCCUGGACUUUACCUUGGCAACUUCAUAGAUGCCAAAGAUUUGGAGCAACUGAGCAGGAAUAAGAUCACUCACAUUAUUUCAAUCCAUGACUCUCCCCAGCCACUACUGCAGGAAAUUACUUAUCUUCGCAUUCCUCUGCCGGAUACACCUGAGGCCAACAUCAAGAAGCACUUUAAAGAAUGUAUCAGUUUUAUCCACUACUGUCGCCUGCAUGGAGGGAACUGCCUUGUUCACUGCCUUGCGGGGAUCUCCCGGAGCACCACCAUUGUUGUUGCCUAUGUCAUGGUGGUGACAGAGCUAAGCUGGCAAGAGGUAUUGCAGGCGGUAACAGCAGUGCGGCCGAUUGCCAAUCCCAACCCCGGCUUCAAGCAGCAGCUGGAGGAGUUCGGCCGUGGCCCCGCACGAAAGAUUCACAGACACCUGGAGCAGAGAUAUGGAGCUGACACGUUCAAUGAUGAGGAAGAGAUAAGGCUCCUGCUUCCAGCAGACAGAGAAGGCACAUCCAGGACAGAUGGACCCAUGCAGGGACUGGUGCCAAGGAGCAGAGACAUCAAGAACACAAUCCCCUUUCUGCUGCGAGUGAAGCAGACGUUCUCCUGCAUCCCCACGUGUCUGAAGUGAGUCCAGCUGAGGCACAGAGAGGAGGGAAGUGAGGCAUUCUGGGAAAGUGCAUAGCCUAAUGUAUCAGACUGGCAAAUGCCAAGGCCUAGAAAGGGACAUCCCUGCUAUUGUAUGUCAGGGGAGAGGUAUGGUCCAGUGGAGCAAGCACAGGCAUGGGAGCCAGGAACUCCUGGGUUCCCAUCCAAGCUCUGUAGUCUUUCUGUGGCCUUGGGCAAGUCACCUAACAUCUGCCUCAGUUUCCCCAUCUAAAGUGUGGGGGGUUAAUUCUUAUGUUUCUAUUUCCCAGGCUGCUGUGAGGGUUGGUUAGUAAAUAUACAAAGGGCAGUGGGAGGGUUAGAUGUGCUGACUGUCAUCAUAAGUGAACAGAAGGGCCUUGAGCACCCAGCCCUGAGCCCCAGCUUACUGAGUGCUACAAAUCAGCUGUGCAGGAGGGGAUUUUCCUGCUGCUAAGAGCCAGUGUUGGAAAGCAGCAGCCAGGGAUGGACUUUGGCAGCAAACUGUAACACUUCAAUAAAUGCUGCCCUGAACCCAUACAAAUAAAAUAAAGCGUGGGGGGAUGUCUCUUUAUAGAUGGGGGUUUCCCAUCAGCAAGUGGUUUCCACUGUCCGGGGGGAUCGUAUAAGAAGUGUGUGUGUGUUUUCCAUUAAACCCAGUACAGCAGCCAGGAGACAGCUCUCAUGCAGGCAGAGGUCCAGAUGUAGGCGACAGUGAAUGGUGUGUUAACAGGGUUGCACUACAUUUCCCCUGAUCCUAGUGUGCUCUCCCACAGGGGGCCAAUAAUAUUUAACACAGGGCCAAGUAUUGCUAGAGCUGAAUAUGAAGCCAUUUUGUUUGAAGACUCUUUACAUACUUAUUUCUUAAUAAACGUCUCCUCAGUGCAGGGUUUUAUGUACAUUUCAGCACAGGGCAGAGUUUGAUCUGAAAAAAGGGGUGUGCUGAUUGGGGAAGGCUGGGAGUGAGCAAGGCUCUCUGGAGCCAGAAAGAGCCUUUGGGAGUAUGUAACAUCUCUGCCAAUGGUGCUCCCGCGCAGCAUGUUAAUUAUUAAUGCAUACUGCUAGUUUAGUUACACAGUGCCUAAUGUGCACCAGUGCUUUGCAGAGCAAAUAAAGAGACAAAAUCUCUGCUUUGAAGAGCUUACACAGCCCCUGGCCCCAGUCCCACAGGGAGCUUCACCCAUGAGAACCUCUGCAUCUGCAGAGAGCUCCAUGGACAUCACAGGAGGCAAUGCAGGCAUGGGGCUCUGUCUGGACAGAGCUCAGGAUCAGAGCCUGACAUCAUUCCAACUGUAUUGGACAUUGUGACGAACUGGGAGUGUUCUUAAUGUUUUCUCUGAAUACUGUGUUGGUGCCU